AUGCCCUCUGACCAGAGUACAUGGCUUGUAGCCAUCCCACAGAACGGGGACGCUGAAGGCACCCUUCAGGAACUGCAUUCAAAGCUUGGUACAUCGUCCAAACAGGGCGCAUCCGUGGCGCUGCUGCCGAUACCUUCGUUCAAGACAGGGACACUAGACUCGUUGGUUGCGCUUUCGGAGGAACUGCCCAAGCAGGAUGCAUCGUUUACUGGGACAGUGGCUAAGACAGUCGACACGCUGCGUAACCUUUUGAACAACGAUCCCGCGAAACUGCGCCAGCACAUCCUAGUGAACGAGAAGCCAGUCGAUAGCUAUCUCUUCGGUGACUGGAGAUGGAACGAAGGGCGGUAUGGCACCCAGAGGUCACUGAGGGAGAUGCUCGACGUUCUCGUGAAGGAGAUGUCCUCCAUUGACAAUGUCAUGAAGACGAAGCUUCAGAACUAUAACCUGGCCAAGGGGUCACUGACGCAGAUGCAGCGCAAGAAGACAGGAAACCUCUCGGUCAAGUCGCUCGCCGAUAUUGUUACCAAGGAGUAUUUCCUUGAAGAGUCCGAAUACAUGGAGACAGUCUUGGUGGCAGUGCCUAGUCUCCUUGUCAAGGACUGGAACACUAAGUAUGAACGCCUGACAAACUUCGUCGUCCCCCGUUCAUCCCAGAAAAUUGCCGCUGAUAAUGAAUACACGCUCUUUGGACUUGUGAUAUUCAAGCGAGUCCACGACGAAUUCAUCCAGAAGUGCCGAGAGAACAAAUUUGUGGUCCGAGACUUUGUUUACUCGGAGGACCAAGUUGAGAAGCAGAGAGAGGAGCUCGCUGCCGCAGAUACUACAGAGAAGGAACUAUGGACAGAGCUCCUUCAGAUCUCUAGGACGAAUUUUUCGGAGUCGUUCCAGAUUCUCGUACAUCUGAAAGUCCUCUAUUUGUUCAUCGAGAGUGUACUGCGGUACGGUCUUCCAGCGAACUACGCCGGCUUCAUCAUCAAGCCCGAGCCUAAGGCAACGAAGCGUACAUUGACGGCCCUGCAAACGCAGUUUACUUACCUCGGUCGCCGGAGUAAUGCGCCGGUGACCAAGGGCAAGCCACAAUCCAGCGGCACCGACGAGGUUGCCGGAGAGUACCAGACGCUCAUGGAGCAAGAGUUCUUCGACUUCGUCUUCACGGAAGUGCCGUGGAUUCAGCUCUGA